AGGAAUGCGCUUCCCGGCGUCUUGCCCGCCUACUCUCCAUCGGUCGGUCCCGGCACCUGCUGCAGCUUAAGAUCCCACUGCUUGAAAAUCUGCUUCCUAAAACCAUUCCCGAUAGCCUUCGAUGAGAAAGAAAUGCCAUGUGACUGAAUUCAUUAUGUGGGAUAAGAAACCUGUCCGUGUGAGAGGAGGGGAAGCCUUUACUCUGUUAAAUUUUAAGAGUAGUUUUCAGAUGCUUCAAAUGUGAACACAGACUUGUUUGGAUUAUGCGUUUCUCAGCUAGACUAAAUAAAUGCUAACAAUGGAUAAGUGCAAACAUGUUGGGCAGUUGCAGCUUGCUCAAGACCACUCCAUCCUCAACCCUCAGAAAUGGCACUGUGAAGACUGCAACACGACUGAGUCCAUUUGGGCUUGCCUUAGCUGCUCCCAUGUUGCCUGCGGAAAAUAUAUUGAAGAGCAUGCACUCAAGCACUUUCAAGAAAGCAGUCAUCCUGUUGCACUGGAGGUGAAUGAGAUGUAUGUUUUUUGUUACCUUUGUGAUGAUUAUGUUCUUAAUGAUAAUGCAACUGGAGACCUGAAGUUACUGCGAAGUACAUUAAGUGCAAUCAAAAGUCAAAAUUAUCACUGCACAACUCACAGUGGAAGGGUCUCACAGUUCAUGGGUACAGGUGAUGAUUCUUAUUUCUUACAUGAUGAUGCCCAAUCUCUGCUUCAGAAUGAAGAUCAAAUGUAUGCUGCUCUUUGGCACAGGAGAAGGAUCCUAAUGGGUAAAAUAUUUCGAACAUGGUUUGAACAAUCACCCAUUGGAAGAAAAAAGCAAGAACAAUUUCAGGAAAAAAUAGUAGUAAAAAGAGAAGUAAAGAAAAGACAGCAAGAAUUAGAGUAUCAAGUUAAGGCAGAAUUGGAAAGUAUGCCUCCAAGAAAGAGUUUACGUUUACAAGGGCUUGCUCAGUCAACCAUAAUAGAAAUAGUUCCUCUUGAGGGGCCAGCACAGACUCCAGCAUCACCAGCAAAAGAUAAAGUAGUCUCUACCUCAGAAGAUGAAAGAUCUAAAAAAGUCAGUGACUCCUCAGUUAAACGAAGGCCAGUAGUAACUCCUGGUGUAACAGGAUUGAGAAAUUUGGGAAACACUUGCUAUAUGAAUUCUGUUCUUCAGGUGUUGAGCCAUUUACUUAUUUUUCGGCAGUGUUUUUUAAAGCUUGAUCUGAACCAAUGGCUGGCUGUGACUUCUAGUGAGAAGACAAGAUCUUAUAAGCAUCCACCAGUCACUGAUACAGUAGUAUAUCAAAUGAAUGAAUGUCAAGAAAAAGAUACAGGUUUUGUUCGCUCCAGACAUUCAAGUUUGUCAUCAGGACUCAGUGGUGGAGCAUCAAAAGGUAGAAAGAUGGAACUUAUUCAGCCAAGGGAGCCAACUUCACAGUACAUUUCUCUUUGUCAUGAAUUGCAUACUUUGUUCCAAGUCAUGUGGUCUGGAAAGUGGGCCUUGGUCUCACCAUUUGCUAUGCUACACUCGGUGUGGAGACUCAUUCCUGCCUUUCGGGGUUAUGCCCAACAAGAUGCUCAGGAAUUUCUUUGUGAACUUUUAGAUAAAAUACAACAUGAAUUAGAGACAACUGGUACCAGUUUACCGGCUCUUAUCCCCACUUCUCAAAGGAAACUAAUCAAACAAGUUCUGAAUGUUGUAAAUAACAUUUUUCAUGGACAACUUCUUAGUCAGGUUACAUGUCUUGCAUGUGACAACAAAUCAAAUACCAUAGAACCUUUCUGGGACUUGUCAUUGGAGUUUCCAGAACGGUAUCAAUGCAGUGGAAAAGAUCCUGCUUCCCAGCCAUGUCUGGUUACUGAAAUGUUGGCAAAAUUUACAGAAACUGAAGCUUUAGAAGGAAAAAUCUACGUAUGUGACCAGUGUAACUCAAAGCGUAGAAGGUUUUCCUCCAAACCAGUUGUACUCACAGAAGCCCAGAAACAACUCAUGAUAUGCCACCUACCUCAGGUUCUCAGGCUGCACCUCAAACGAUUCAGGUGGUCAGGACGCAAUAACAGAGAGAAGAUUGGUGUUCAUGUUGUCUUUGAGGAAAUCUUAAACAUGGAGCCCUAUUGCUGCAGGGAGACCCUGAAAUCUCUCAGACCGGAAUGCUUUAUCUAUGACUUAUCUGCGGUGGUGAUGCACCAUGGGAAAGGAUUUGGCUCAGGGCACUACACUGCCUACUGCUAUAAUUCUGAAGGAGGGUUCUGGGUACACUGCAAUGAUUCCAAGCUAAGCAUGUGCACUAUGGAUGAAGUAUGCAAGGCCCAAGCUUAUAUCUUGUUUUAUACCCAACGAGUUACUGAGAAUGGACAUUCUAUACUUUUGCCUCCAGAGCUCCUGUCUGGGAGCCAACAUCCCAAUGAAGAAGCUGAUACCUCUUCUAAUGAAAUCCUUAGCUGA